AUGUGCACCCUUACAUGCAAGGUGGACUUUGGAAGGUAUCACUGCACCGAAAAAGCAAACAAUGGAGAAUGCGUUUGUGCGCCGCAGCAGCCGCAGGUGGUGGUCAAGCCUGUUGCAUCCGAACUGGGACCCGGGCCGCUUCUAGGAGGACAGAGCGAUCUCAACGGUCCUCAGGAGCAAACGUGUGUCGAUAAGCCUGUCGGAUUCCAGUUCCCAGACGCCGUUCCUUGUGUUUCGAUUCGUGCGGACGUGGUCAAGGAGCGCGUGCAUUUCAUCAUGGGGAAGACUGACGACUGCACAGUACGCACGGGAGAGGCACCGGAGACGCGGUACAUGGAAACGACUCCUGACAAUGUGGGACUGCAGGGGUGCGUGUACGUAUGCAAGAUGAAGGCGCCGAAAUGCACGGGGCCUAAGGCAGAAGGCAAGUGCAGAUGCGCAAGCCCAGGGAUCAGCAAGCAGCUGGUGGCGAUGAGCCAGCUUGCUGGGACCACACGCCUUGUAGAAAAGUGCACCAGCGACAAAGGUUGCGAGCCGUGCGGAUUUUGCAAGAACAGUGUGUGCGAGCUUAAGAAGGAGGCUCAUCUCGGAAGCAACUGCGACUGCGGAAAAAUCUGCCCAGCGAAGGAUUACCGGUUGCGCAAGACGGGUGCGAGCAUCUCAUGCGAACCCAACUUUUCGAUGGAUUGCAUGGCGAGGCCAGACUGGAUGGACAUGAAGACGGCGCCAAAUGGCAAGGCGACAAGUUUCUUGGACGGCACAGAGGUCCCCGACUUGUGUACGGCUGGACCAACGGAUGCGAGCGAUAUGUGCGGAUGCGCGCCUGGGUAUGAAGAGAGACUUGUUUCGAAUGAUACGGAGAGGGUUUGUGUCAAGCCUUCGCCGUUGCCGGCACCGACCAAGCCUCAGGAUGCCAUGCCUGAGGAGGGGGACGUUGCGCCCGUUGAGAUUUUGCCGGAAGCGGGUGGCACUAUCGGGAAGGACUAA